AUGUCACGUCAAAGAGAACUACAUGUCCCGUUAGAAGUAUGUGGUGCCGUGGUGAAGCGAGAGUUGGACUACUGGCAGGUGAACCAGUACUGUAUCAAAUCGUGUUGCUGGCGACACUACCGUUCCUACAUCGAGAACAAAGCCAUCCUUGACUCCUUCAACCGCAGUCUUGCGAAAGAGAGAGUGUUUGUAAAUAUAGACGAAUAUGAAGGAUGGAAGAGAUUUCAAAUGAAAAUCUGGCUCAUUCUAGAACACCCGAGAACAUCACGAGUGGCCAUGAUAUAUGGUAUUAUAUCCCUCCUGUUUGUCAUCGUCUCUAUCCUCGGAUUCUGUCUGGAGUCGCUGCCCAGUCUCCGACCAAUGAAAAAUAUCACGCGCACCGAUAAUACGACCUCCACGUGCGAUGAUGGAUCACAGGGAGUACAAGUUAUGACUCAAAAUGAGAGUCUCAAUAUUCUUGAUAUCAUUUGCACAGCGUUUUUUACGAUAGAAUUAGCAGUGAGAUUCGUGUUUGCACCAGAAAAAAUCAGGUUUGUUCGCUCUAUGAUGAACAUCAUAGAUUUGCUAGCGUUAGUUCCUCUGUAUAUGCAACUGGUGUUCAACACCGACCAUUUACAGUUCUGCUAUGUGAACGAACGACUGAUGAUUGAAAUCAUGUUCGUUUUACGAAUCGUUCGAAUGUUCAGAAUAUUUCACCUGGUGAAACACUACCAAGCACUGAAGAUAUUGGUGUAUGCUCUCAAGGCCAGUGUCCAGGAGUUGCUCAUGCUGGCUAUAUUCCUCAUCAUCGGCAUGCUUGUAUUUGCAUCCAUGAUUUACUAUGCAGAACGAAAGGACGCCGUUCAACCAAGCGAUACGUUUAACACCAUUCCAAUGGGAUUCUGGUGGGCACUCAUUACCAUGACUACGGUAGGGUACGGUGACAUAUUCCCUACCAAACCGAUCGGGUAUUGUGUAGGGGCCGCUUGUGCUGUCAGUGGAGUUUUGAUGAUAGCACUUACCAUUCCUGUUAUAUCAAACAACUUCUCCCUCUUCUAUACGCAUGUCAGGUCACGUGGGACGAAGGAGGAGGAGCGCGAUAAAUACAGAACUAGCCAAAGUACGUGCGUAAAUAAUCCAUUCCGGGAAAAUUCCUUGCUGACAAAUUCGGAGGAGGACGGAUACGGGACAAUUACGAUCGUAGAGAACAAUAGGAACCCUUCCCGUGAAUCGUACAUAGAAACAUACAUGAAUGGACAUGCGUCCAUUAAACAUUUUUCCGGGAAGGAAUCGCCAAAGUAUAAGUAUUUCAAAAGUAUAAACGAAGCGUCGUCCUUAAAGGAUAUCGUCAUCCGGAACUCUGAUUUUGACUUACAUAAAACGUACAAUGAAAAGGCGCGUUCUGACGAUGGCGUCACCUAUUCAGAGGAAACAAUUUUGUAACAUUUAAUUAAUUUUCUCCCUGUAGCAUAAUGUUAUUGCUGAGUUUUGGCUUGGUAUGGUAAUCCUUGUUUCCUUAACGGCUAUGUAACAUUUUAACUUAUUGCAAUUGAAAUCUUCAUCUUAGAUUUUUCCAUAGGAAAGCAAUAAUCAAA